AUGUCAAUUCAAGAAGGACAAUCACAAAGUAAUAACGAAAUGACUGCAUUGGUAGAACAGGUAGAACACCCCGUUACGAAUCCAGUAGAAGAUAUUCUUGAAUCUGAUGAGAAAAAAGGAAACACCAGUUUAAAUUCUUCUUCUGAUUCGGUACAAAAGAUUCCAGAGGAAGUAAAAGAAGAAAAGCGAAAAAUUUUGGAACAGGUUGAAUAUUACUUUGGUGAUAGAAAUCUUCCAAAAGACAAAUUUCUUAAAGAAUUAUGUGGAAAAGAUCCGAGUGGACGUGGCUGGGUUCCUAUUUCUAUAAUUCGGCAAUUCCGUAAAAUGCAAGUAUAUAAAGAUGAUACAUUAAUUGUUGAAGCAUUGAGAGAAUCUCCAGAAUUGUUGGAAGUAGACGAAACAAGCACAAAAGUUCGUAGAAAAACUCCAAUACAGAUGUCAAUUCCUGAACAUAUUAUAGAAUCUCCCAUGUGGAGUUCAAUUUAUGCGAAAGGAUUUGAUCCAAAUACUGGUCACAAUUUACAAACCGAAGUUACCAACUUUUUUAAUAAAUUUGGUAAAGUCGUACGCAUAAGAGAACGUCUAGAUGAACAGAAUAAUUUUAAAGGAUCAUUUUUCAUCCAAUUUUCCUCUCACGAGGAAGCAAAAAAAAUCUCGGAGAUGGAUUUGGAAUUCAAGGGUACUCAAAUAAAAAUGAUGAUGAAAUUUGAUUAUUGUGAGAUGAAAUGCAUAGAAAAAGGUUUAGAUCCUAAUACUAUGCGUAAACAAGAACCACGAAAUCAUAAAAAUGUGAAGUUAAAGAAUAAAGAACCUAGAUAUGAGAAAGAUUGUUUAAUUAAAUACGAAGGUGUAGGUCCUAAUGUGACAUGGGAGGAUGUUCGAAAAAAGUUUGAUUCUGAUUAUGGGAAAGUUGUAUUUGUCCAACUGUCUUCAACUACUAAGAGUGGAACUAUCCAAUUCGAAAAAGCAAUUGCAGAAAAAGUAGUUGCUUCAAUCAAAGAUGACCUGGAAUUUGAUGGGGUUAAACCAAAAAUAUCAGUAAUGACAGGACAAGAAGAAAAAGAUUAUUAUCAAAAAAGACUUGAUUAUUUUAGAGAUUGUAUUGCAAGAAAACGUGAAAAGGGUGGAGCAAAAAAACAUCGUUCUCAAAUAAAAAGGAAAAAGGGCCAAAACAACUUGACACAGAAUAAAAAUGUUCCUGAAGUUCUCUCAGCAUCUAUGGCACAGAAUAGUAGCGCUCCUGAAGUUCUUUCAACACCUGUGGAACAGAAUAAUAGCACUCCCGAAGUUCUCUCAACACCUGUGGAACAGAAUAAUAGUGCCCCUGAAGUUCUCUCUACACCAAAGAAUGGAGAAAAACGUAAGUUAGAUAAUACGGAAAUAGAUGAUUCUCCAAAAGAAACUAAGACUGUCAAAUUGAACUCUGGAGAUGCAAUUGAAAGUUUAAAUUCUUCAUAA